AUGUUCAACAUCGCCGAGAACCAACGCCUCGCCGGCUCGAGCCAUGUGGUUCUGAACGUUUUCCGCGCCUUCAACAUUAUCGGCCUGUCGGCUGUCUGCGCCUCGAGCUGGGUCAUGAUUGUCAUGUCCAUCCUCAAGGGCAACUUUGCCUUUUUCGACUCUGUCUCUCACUUCUUCACCUUCUGCAUCGCAGUUUUCCUCAUCGUCUCCGAGCUCCCCGUCUUCGAGGGGUACUUUCAGCGUAACUGGCCGGUCCUCUCACUCAACCAUGGUCUCAGCUGGCUGGGUAUUGCCAUGAUUGUCAUGGGUUGCCAGGUCCUCGCUAACACCUCCGAACCCGCCUUCUCUGUUGAAACACUUGGCCUUCCGCUUUGGCGUCUUAUUCUUGCCUCGGGCAUCCUGGCUAUUACCUUUGGCUUCUUCAACAUCAUCUCCGCCAUCAUCUUCCGCGAUGGUGACCUCAACUCCCGCAACUUCCGCGCCGACGGCUCUCUCGCUUCGGCCAAGAGCGUUGACGGGUACUCGUUCCGCAGCAACUCCGUCCGCGAGGAGAAGCCAUCCAAGUUCAAGCGCCUGACACAAAUGACUCCCUGGGGCAGAAACGACAACGGCCGGCCUGAGAUCAGCCAUCCGAUUCCGGACAUGGAGCGUGGAUACACACCUCAACAGCCGCACGACUACGAUGAGGACCGCCGCAGCCCCAUCAUUCCCAACAUCGAGCGGCCGCUGACCACGCUGCAUCCCGCUCACCGGGCCCGAGCCACCAAUUACAGCGUCGCUUCAAUGAGCCAGUUCUAG